CAGUCCAGACUUGUCCCUACUCGUCGACUGCCUGCCCCCCCUCAGAACAUUAUCCUCAUUUCCCAUUCCCCACCACUCUCCGACCAAAAACCCCGCUCCUCCGCCACCCCAGAUAUUUUCAGAUCUACUCAGACCACACAGAGGAGGGAGGGGGAGAGAGAGAGAGAGAGAGAGAGAGAGAGAGAGUCUGCUGCGUUUGUAUGUAAUUUUGUGUUGUUUUUUGUUAUGGAUAAAAGCUGUCCCUCUUCAACUACUGAUUCAGCUGCUCACACUACUGCCGCUUCCAGUGGUAGUGGCGGUGGCGGAGGAAGCUUCAACACGACCACCACCAGGGACAAUUACCUCAAACACCUCAACAAGCUCUCCCACAAGAUCUCAAAACCCACCACCACCAACACCCAAAACACCUUCCUCAAAAAACCCAACUUUGAAAACCCACCGCCUCCUCCUCCUCCUCCACUUCCUCUUCCUCCCCAACAGCAGCAGCACCAGCCGCCGGUCUACAACAUCAACAAAAAUGACUUCCGCGACGUCGUUCAGAAGCUCACCGGCUCUCCCGCCCACGACCGCUUCUCUAACCCGCCGCCGCCCGUCCACCAGCCCAAGCCCCAGAUCAGCUCUCGCCUCCAGCGCAUCCGCCCUCCCCCCCUCGCUCAGGUUAACAACCGCCCCCCUCCCUCGCUAGAAUGCGCCGCUCCACCCCCAAACGCCAGCAAUCCAAUCAUCCCACCCAUGGGAUCCGCCGCCGCUCACUUCAACUCCAUCGGACGGUCCACAACCCCUCUCUCUCCCCUCCCUCCUUUCCCAACCGUACACGGAGCGGCUGAAUCCCCCGUCUCAGCCUACAUGCGGUACCUCCACAACUCAAUCUCAGCCGUCGAUUCUAACAACCAGAAGUUCUCGGGAUUCUCGCCGCUGGCCCCACUUGUCUCGCCGCGCUGGACCAAUCUGACGCCGUCUCCGCGGCAGAAUCAGCAGGUUGCGCAUCCGCUGCAGGGGAUAGGUACAUCAGCGAAUCAACAACCGCAGACAACGACGGCGACAGCUUCACAGCCACAGUUCGCUAUGCCUCCGUCGCCGCUUCCAUUCGGGUGCUUGAAUUCGCCGCGAUCCACGUACCCAUUGCUUUCCCCAAAUCAAUUAGGGUUUCCUCAGCUGCCGCUCUCGCCCACAGUGCCUGCACCAAGCCCUAGGUGGAGAAGUUUCUAAAGUUUCUUCAGGUAAGUCAAGCUUCAAAACACAGUCGUUUAGGGUUUAGGGUCUUUAAUUUUCAAUUUUAUAAAAAAGACAAGAAAGACAUGAACUUUGUACAUUCUGGGUUGAGGGGUUUAUUCAAUCACCGGUGGGUGGACGGAAAACGGUCCAUCGCCGUUUAAAGUUAGGGCAUUAUCUUUGUUAUGUAAAUGGGAUAUAUGAGAGUGAAAGAUAUGUAGGUUUGUUCUUUGUUUGUUAUCUGGAUAUUUGGGGUUUAAUCAAAGGUUAGAAAUGUUAUAUAUACAGAAUUUGUGCUGCUAAAAUAUUCUUUUGUUGUUAAU